AAUCGGCGGGACCCUUCGCCCUUCCCCUUCCUAUAUGUGUCACCAUAAAAGGGCAAAGCAAAGAGCGAAGGGAAGGCGAAUCUCAAGCGGUUUCGAUAGUCAGAGCUUAACCUGUUAUACUCGGAAUCGUAUUUCUCGGAGCGAAUUCUCACGAAGGUUUUAUUGAAAAUUUGGAAUUUUUUCUGAAGACAUGGAACAGUCUCUCACCUCUCUUACAUACAAAGGUUCCAUACCUGAAGCAAUAACUGAAGCAAAGAAGCAGAGGAAACUCUUUGUUGUGUAUAUUUCAGGUAAAAAUGACGAGUCUAGUCGUUUGGAAAAUUCUACAUGGACUGAUCUAAAUGUGGCGGACUCAGUAGAAAAGUACUGCAUUUUAUUGCAUAUCCCUGAAGAAAGCACUGAUGCUGCUAAUUUUUCUGCAAUAUACCCACAGAAAUCUGUACCUUGUAUAACAGCUAUUGGAUACAAUGGUGUACAACUUUGGCAGAAUGAGGGUUUUCUCAGUGCUGAAGCUCUGGCGUCCAGUUUAGAGAAGGCAUGGUUGGGUCUCCAUAUCCAGGAAACAACUGCAACUGUAUUGAGUGCAGCUCUUGCUUCAAAUAAAUCCGAACCAUCGACUUCUGGGGUUCCUAAUGCUGUCUCAACUGGUGAAGAAAGUUCCUCAAGUAAAGCUGUUAUCUCCGAUGGAGGAAGUUCCUCAAGUACAGCAGUGGAGUCUCCCUUAAUUGACACAAAUGUUCAAUCUCCAGACGCUAUAGAUGCUGCAUCUGACACAGUGAUGAAAAAUAAAGGUCGUGAUUGUAAAAUUGAGUCCAGCUCUUCCACCAAAUCUGCCCAAGGAGUACAUGAUGUUGCUAUGGAAGACCUGAACAAGUCUGGAGGUGAUAUUGUUAAUCCUGUUGCUGAAGGUGGUUAUAGUGGCCCAGAAACGACCACUGUUAAUCAUUCAUGUGUCUCAGGAGAAGGUUCACAAGCAGUUAGUAAUGUAAAAUCUGAAGUUGUACAAGUUGAUAAGGGUGAAGUUGAAGAUGAUAAGAAGGUUGAGACCUUCGAGAAUUGUACGAGGGUCAGCAGAUCAAGUGAUGUUCACUUGAAUAUACGAUUGCCCAAUGGUGUCAGCCUGAAAGAGAAGUUUUCUAUAACAAGCACCAUGAGAAUGGUUAAAAACUAUGUUGAUGAAAACCAAGGAAGUGGUAUUGGCAACUAUGAUCUAGCCAUCCCUUAUCCUCGCAAGAUAUUCUGUGAUCAAGAUUUAAGCAAAUCAUUAUCAGAUUUGGGCCUGUUUGACAGGCAAGCAUUGAUAGUGGUUCCACGUCAGAAAGGGACUGGUUAUCUGAGUGGGACAUCUGCAUUCUCUGACCAAACAGACUCGAGAAAUACUGUUAGUUCCUCAGAUGGAAGCAAUGGGGGAUAUUUUUCAUAUGUGAAAAGACUUUUAUCGUACUUUAAUCCUCUUUCUUAUCUGGGCAGUGGUGCUAGCUCAUCAAGUUCGGGACAGCAAUCCGAAAAUGGCACAUGGGAAUAUAGCCCAAACCCUACACGUCGGUAUAGUGUCACUCAAAACGCUUCUACAAGUGGUAAAAGUGAGGAGAAAAAGAGCAGGAAGCCACCAGCAUCUGGUUUUGGAAGUAACAUUCACACUUUGAAACGUGACGAAGAUGAUGAGCGGUUCAGUGAUAGAAAUUCCUUCUGGAAUGGUAAUUCUACCGAGUAUGGCGGCAACGAUGAUGGUAAAUAAUAUAUUCAUACACCAUACUGAGAUAUUUUAAACUCAACCCUGUGCUUGGCCACAGCUGCUUCACUGUCUGCUUUCUGCUUUGUAGAUAAUAAGGGUUGUAACAAUAAUAAGUCCUGUGAAAUAAUUUGGAACUUGGCACAAAACGGAGCCUAGUGGUGUUUUAGAAUUCA